UCUGCUUCGGUUCGUUCGAUUAUAAAGUUGUUGCGUAAAGAAUGUUUGGAAAGUGCUAUGCCCACACUAAAAGAUGUAGAACUUUUUCGGAACGGGUCGGUCCACGAAUCUUAUAGCUUGAAGGCGUUGAAAUCUUUGAAAACAGAUCAUCCUGAGGGAAAUCCGUAAAUGAUAAAUGGGUGGAAAAUAUCAACGGCUUGCCUCUGAAGCCGGAUCCAAGACGUUAAAAGCUGGUCUUCUCUCCUAUCUUUUCUUUACCUGGUUAAAUGGGAUCCUGAAACUGGGAUACCAGCGACCUCUAACUGAUGACGAUCUGUUGGAGCUGUCUGACGAAAACAAGGCACAAGAUCUAGUGGCCAAGUUACACGGGUUAUGGAUGGAAGAGAUUAACUGCGCUAAGAAGAGAGGCAGGAAACCCCGACUUUGGAAGGCCAUGUUCAAACUAUUCCUUCGAGAUGUCCUUCUCUUUACCGCUUUGAAACUGAUAGAUGAAGCCAUGGGGAUAACUUUGGUAGUAUCAGUGUGGUUUUAUCUAAAGUUCUUAGAAGAAGGAUCCCACAUGGAUCAGACCUACGCUGUUGGUAUAGUUGCUAGCAUUGGGAUUCCAAGUCUGAUUAAGGUGUUCUUCUAUCAUCAUUCUGAUUACUUGGCUGUGUUGAUGGGUGUGAGGUUGAAAA